GGCACGGGGCUGGCCAUGCCGGGGGAGGCUCGGGCCGCGGCGGCUGGCGGGGGUCCCGGGCGCCCCAGCCAGGAACGUCCCGCUCUGGCGGUGGCGGACGGAAAGUACAGAUAAAAAUGGGAAAAAGGUGUCUUUCCAGACUGACAGUGCUGCCUAAUGCCACAACAGCGAUGCAGUUGGAAGCAUUUCUAUGCGUGAAGGACUGAAUGAAGUAAGAAGUGGUUGCCGUGUGAAGGCAGCAGGGAAAAGACGAAUUGCUAAGGAAUUGGAAGAAAUAACAAGGUUUCACAAAAUGAGGCUGCGAAUCAAUGGAUGGAUGCUAACACUGAGAAGUCAAGGAUUAAAGGUUCUCAAGCGUUUCUGUAGCGUGGACCGCAUCUUAACGCAAGGAAGUGUCUUUCAGACCUCAUGUACAAAAAGUCAAUUCCUCCAGUCCUUUGGUGUUGGCAGUAAAAUGCAAUCAGCAGUGUAGCUAAGGCUUGGUGUUAGCCUCUUUGGUGUGCCCACAGGCAAUUUACUGCCCCUUCACUUGCCAAUCUAAAAUAUGUAGUUUCCUGCAUACUACAGGUAAAUUUUAACAAAGGCAAAAGGGCCUCCAGUCUUUGGAAAGAGUUUGAAGAACUAUUACCUGGAUGUUUCUGAGCGUUGUUCUGCUUCUAGCUGCUCAGCAUGUCUUGGCUGCUCCAGAUCUGCACACUCUGACCAUGAGCAGCAAUUCCUCCCUCAGCAAUGGAAAGGGCCUGAGGAACCUGACCACAGAGGAAGAUGGGGCAGUCAGAGUCACUGAGUCCGUUGCUAUAAUUGUCAUUGCCAUCUUCAUCUGUUUGGGCAACCUGGUGAUUGUUGUCACUCUGUAUCGCAAGUCGUACCUUCUCACCUUGAGCAACAAGUUUGUGUUCAGCCUGACUCUCUCCAACUUUCUACUCUCCGUGCUGGUGCUGCCUUUUGUUGUGACCAGCUCCAUCAGGCGAGAAUGGAUCUUUGGGGUUGUUUGGUGCAAUUUCUCAGCCCUGCUCUACAUGCUGAUCAGCUCAGCCAGCAUGCUCACUCUGGGACUCAUAGCUAUAGAUCGGUACUACGCUGUGCUGUACCCGAUGGUUUAUCCGAUGAAGAUAACGGGCAACAGAGCAGUGGUAGCUCUUGUGUAUGUGUGGCUGCACUCCCUUAUUGGCUGCCUCCCUCCCCUUUUUGGCUGGUCCUCCUUGGAGUUUGACCAAUUCAAGUGGAUGUGUGUGGCAGCCUGGCACAAGGAGGUUGCCUACACGGCCUUUUGGCAGAUCUGGUGUGCACUGUUGCCAUUCGUGGUCAUGAUGAUCUGCUACGGCUUCAUAUUCCGUGUGGCAAGGAUUAAGGCCCGCAAAAUUCACUGUGGGAGUGUUGUCAUUGUGGAGGAGGACUCACAAAGGAAUGGGAGGAAAAACUCCAGCACCUCCACGUCAUCCUCUGGCAGCCGAAGGAACGCUUUCCAAGGGGUUGUUUACUCAGCCAACCAGUGCAAAGCUUUCAUAACCAUCUUGGUUGUCAUUGGGGCUUUUGUCAUUACGUGGGGCCCUUACAUGGUAGUAAUAACAUCAGAGGCACUUUGGGGUAAAAACAGUAUUUCCCCUGCUUUGGAGACAUUGGCUACAUGGCUGUCCUUUUCCAGUGCCAUUUGCCAUCCGCUAAUUUAUGGGCUGUGGAACAAAACGGUGCGCAAGGAACUCCUGGGAAUGUGCUUUGGGGAUCGGCAUUACCGCAAGUCCUUUGUUCAGCAGCACAGGACAUCGAGGCUCUUCAGCAUUUCCAACAGGAUCACAGAUUUGGGACUAUCUCCUCACCUUACUGCCCUCAUGGCAGGUGGGAGGCCAUUGGGAAACAGCAGCAGCACAGGAGAUACAGGUUUCAGCUGCUCACAGGAUUCAGGAACAGAUACAACACUUCUUGAAGAUUAUAGCUCAGAUGGCCCUCAUGCCCCGCACUGCAUCUGUCCUCCUCGAAGGAGGAGUUCAGUGACAUUUGAAGAUGAAGUGGAACAAAUCAAAGGUGAGUGUAGGGAGGCUGCAAAGAAUUCUUUUCUUCAUGUAAAAGCUGAAGUGCAUAAAUCUCUGGACAGUUAUGCAGCCAGUCUGGCCCGAGCUAUAGAAGCUGAUGUGAAACUCAGCCUGUUUGGAGAAGAUGCUUUACCAGGAGCCCUGUUCCCCUCAUGGACUCUGGCAGGAAGCAGUGGGAACAUCCGGCGUGGUGCCAGGCCCCAUGCCAGCCAAAGACUGAAGCUGCAGAGCAUCGAUGAAGGGAACAUUUGACACAAGCACUGGCAUGGGAAAACAGAAUGAAACCACUAAGCAGGUCCUACUUCAGCUGGUAGUGUUUCACCAGAACCAGGACACCUUGUCAGGAUGUUUCCUGUGUUUUUUCACAUAGAAACAGCUGGGUUCUGGUACUUGCAUUAGCAUUUUACAGCAGUGUUUGUUUACUGGUUGGCGUGCUACUGACUCUUCUGCACAUCAUUAUCAUACAGCACAUAAGGAAAGCAGGGCUUAGUUUCAUUGACCACAUCAUUAGUCAGUUUAAUCUUGGGUCCAUUGGCCAAAGCUGAUACAGGAACAAAACAGAAAAGGUAUGUGCAGUGUUUAAUUCAUUGUUACAUCCAUCCUCUUCUGACCACCACGAUAAUCAGCUGAGACUUGAUAGCUGUAGUGCUCUGAUAGGAGCUUGUGCAUUGGAUAAGACAUAAAGCCUUACUCCCAGCUGAACAACGUGGACUUCACUAAAGACAAAACCUGAACUUUUCCCAGCGCUCAUGCAGAUUAUGGUCCUGCUUACCUUUGCUGGGGGAUAUUUCUGUCUGUUCAGCCAUCAGAAUGCCAUAUCUGACAUUGGACUGUGUUUUGCUUCAGCGGCAUGGGACACCAGCUCCUCUGGAUGUAAUGAAUGGGAGUAAACGUGCUGGGAACAGCACAGAGGUGGGAUCGGAGGAAAUCAUUAGUGCAGAAUUCUUGGUUUCUUUGAGGACUUCAGCUCAUGUUUUGCUGUUAUUAAAAGGGCACUCUGUGGCUCUGCUAAACCUGACAGAAUAUAAAUGAGAUAUUAUCACUUCAUAUUCAGGAUUCAUCUUCUAGAGAGAAGACAGUUAGCUGGUUUUUUGGUUUUUUUUUUAAUCAUGAGGGAAUGUAGUAUUUAAGCUGUAGUUACCUCAGUGCUUUUAUUUCUUGGAGUAUUAAUUCAUUAAUCUCAAAAAUAAGAACGUUUGGCACUUAUAUUGCACUUUGCAUGUUCUUAAGCACUGUACAGACAUUACCUUGUUAGGCCUCUGUGAGAGGGUUGAUCAGCCCUGCUUGCCAAAGAAGGAAAACUGAGCACAGCCAAGCGGCUGGCAGUGAAACAAGAUGCAAAGGUGGCAAGUUUUAUAAGGAAAAGAGGGAUGAGGUGGAUCAUUCAAGUAUAUCCAGCUUGAGGAACCUUUCUGUGCCUUUGUGGGCUACCCCCUUCCUUACUUUGUGGCGUUAAAACCCUGCCUUACUGUGUAUGCCAGAGAGAUGUAAGUGAGCAGGAUAAUUCCUUGGGGGUGGGUGUCAGUAGCAAAUGGACUUAAGGACCAAGGGUUUGCGUUUGUUUACUCUGUGUCUGCUCGUCUGUGCCUCUACCUUUCCCCAGAAGUGCUUUGUAUGAGGUUUUGCUGCAGAUUGUUUGGAAAUCAUGAUCAGAAUGUUUCCAUCUGGGUAAAAAUGGGGUGUACACUCAUUGAGUUUUGUCUUUGUAUGACUUACUCAGAGGCACAGAAGCAAAGUGUUAUGAGGCAGAGCCUCGGUCCAGUACUGUAUUUAGAUGUCCUAUUUGUCUUUAUUCCUGACUCAGAGAUGUAUUUCAGCUUAUAUCCAUCUCUGGACAAAGCAACUUGACUUUCUGAACUAGCCUGAAUCCCAUUGUGUUCCCAUGUAAAAUAUAACUGCAUGCUUAAAAUUCA